GCACGAAGCAGGCUUGUUAGGCUUAGGCCUCUUUGUGUUUGACUUUAAAGUGUGACGGUUUUGGUUUAGUGCUUGCCAUUCAUCAUGUUCACCGGAACCAAAACAGUAUCUAGCCCCAGCGCCGCGCGUGCAGCGUCUCCGCAAGUGGGCGUUGGGGAUCCCGACCACGCAGCGCUCACUUUGACGGGACACUCUCCAGUGAAGUCGAGCGUGUUCAGUUUUGACCAGCUUAGCGUAAGUCCGGAAGUUGACCAAGUGCAAGUGCCAAUGCUGGCACGCACCACCGGUGCGUUGGAUGGUUUGAGCCCGGGUGUGUUGAAAGCCGUACAACGCGUCAAGGACAAGGCGAGCAAGGGGAAGAAUGCGAAGCAGAAGGUAUAUAUAACUCUCUGUUGUCGACGACUUCCCUUUGUUUUUCGACUUUACAGGAGCCACACACAUGUUCUAACGAUACACAUGCGGAGCGCAAACCACAUAGAUGAAACCUCCAAACUUCUCCUAACUAUCGGCAGUCGACCUCGCCCGCGAAGCAGCGACCAUCACCUGCAGUGGAUUUGGUCUCUGUUGCAGAAGCGGCGACAGCGCGUGCGCAGGCAGCGGAGCGCAUUGCGGAAGUUCAACGCGGGGUCAACAAGAAGGCCUGCACGAGAAUAGCAAUCGUGGGCGCAGGCCCCGUGGGGCUUUGGCUCGCACUCCUCCUGUGCCGACACUACUAUCCGAAGGGAAAGGAGCACCUACUCGCAAGUCAAAUCGCUGCUGGCUUUUUCCGCUCGAAAAAACGAGGAAAAUCGGAAGGGGGAGCAGGGAACAAGGACAAGAAGGGGAAGGAGGAAAAGAAGUCUGAGAAUGCACUGGAUCUCGACAGUGGGCGAGACAGUAGUCCGGAACACGCACGGAUGCGCGAUGAGCUGGAGAAGCUCUUUCGCAGUACUGUGGCGCAAAUCGAACACCAACGGACAGACACGCCAGGAGCACACUCGAACGCCAUUAGCAGUCCCCUUCGCACCACCGGCGAUUUGCAGCAAAAUGCGAUACAGCCACCACUCGUGAUUUCGCAAUCGCGUCCCCAAAGCCGGAGCACGCAACGAGUCACGACGCCGGCGCGCGGAGCGAGAAGAAACAAGGAAGAGAACAACAAAACACCAGAACCAUCCGAGAGCGGGAGUACCUCCUCUCCAUCAAAAGUAGCAGACAGCCCGAUUGGCGCCGCCACGGUGGCCGAUGGCCUCUUUCCGCGCGGCCGGUCGAUUAAUCCCCGCCGGGCGCGCAGCAUGUCCCUUACCAACAGUAAGCUGAAUUUCGGCGCGGACCAGAAUCACCUCCUCCGUAUCCACAUUUACGAAAAGCGGCCCUACAAGCAGCACGGGACGCGGAGCAUUUUACUGGCGCUGUCGACGCAGACCGAGGGUUUGCUGCUUCGCCACUUGAGUAAAUCGACGCGCGGAUGGUCGCCCUGUGCGCCGCUGGCGGAGUUGGAAAAAACGCUUCGGCAGGAAUUGGAGAAGUUCUGGUGGCCGAUCGUGAAGUUCCACUGGCAUACCCCCGUGGAUCUGGACAUGAAGAUCUUCGACGUCGUGAAGAGCCGGUGGGAAGACUCGUUCUUUGAAAACAACCAAGAACAGAAGUUCGCAGGAAACAACGAGGACGAGGAAAAUGAACAUACAUCAACAGGCAGUCGCGCCUUGGACGCGAUUCGUCGAAAAAACCAACGCGCGGGAUCUUCCAUCGAGCCGUCUAAUCCGCCUGGGUUUCACAUCAACGGCACCACGUUUGACGCGGCUUUUGUUUGCUCGGGGAAGAGCGCAGUGUCUCACUUGCAUAAGAAGAUGAACCUCACUAAAGCAACGAUUUUGAGCUACAGAAAGCGAGGGGCAGUAGUUCCAAAAAGUCUAGCUGUCGUCGCGAAGCAGGCUAGCGCGGAGGCCGCGGCGGGUACUAGUACUAACGGGAGUAGUUCCUCCGCAUCUUCGAUAUUUGCAACCGGCACGGGGAGCAGUGCAACGGCAUCUCCGUCGAAAGGGACAACGACGGGAGCUGUGGUACCGGUGGAGCAGGAUCUCACGGAGUUCCGUUCCAUCCAGGAUCGGAAAUACAACAAUUCUUUGUUGCGCAACGAGAACAUCAUCAUCCGCGAGCUCGGCACGUACGGCUGGGUGUGGCUGCUGCGGUACGAAAAGCAAAUCUUCAAACGCACAAAAGACGUGAGUGGUAGUCCAAACGCAAAAGGUGGUACUGGAGCCGCAGGUUCAAGCAGUCCGUCCCACGCGGUUACCAGCAAAAAUCAUCAGGCGAAGACAAGCGCGGCGGGAAAGAAGUCCCUGAGAAAGAUGUCAGCAGCGGCGGCGGACGAUCAUGCAGAUGGGAGCAGCCGAGAGCAGCAACAAGAGAUUGGCGAUACUAGUGCAGGGGCAACGGGCGGCGCAGAUGGAAACGGUGACGGGGAGGAGUUAGACGAGGUCGCUGCGGCGCUCGGUGAAGGCGACGAGUCGCAGCCACAGAGAAAGCACUUCCAGAGCUUCGCCGAGAUGGCUUCGUCGGGUUUUGUGGACACGGACACGGGCGACCCCUUGUUUCUCGCGAUGGAAAGCAGCAUCGACUAUGAGAAGGCGUUCGGAAUCACCGUCAAUGUUACCGAGGCGAACCACUGGGGGCUGCGGCUCGCACCGCGACAGAACAACGCCCAUGUUGCGACUUCUGGCCCUUCCCCCGGACGAGGCACCUCACCGUCACCGAAACGCGCUGGUGGAGAUCAUGGAAACAGUAGCUCUUCCCCAAAAAGAAACGGCUCCCAGUCGCCGAAGCGCGGCGAUGCAUCCUCGCCGAGCAACAAGUUUCAAGGUGUGUUGCCGGAUAUUGUUCUGACGCUACCGCGCGCAGAAAAACCAAGCUCCUCCGGCGGCGAAUCGGAAGAGGACGCGAAGGAGAACCAGACUACGGACAACGAGCCUCAGCAAAACACGGUGGUCUGCUUCGCUGGUGAUGCGUUGUGCGGAAAGCCCUUCUACCUCGGGACCACGCUGCAGUUUCAUCUGCACGACAUGAAUUUUCUGGUGUCUAACGUGAACUGGCAAAAGGGUGCAGCUUUGUCUCCGUUGGACUUUCGCGCUUACGAGUCCCGCAUGCGGGACACCAUUCAGGGGUUUUUGACUCAGAAGAGCAACAGCGUUCUUUCCACGUCAGCAAACGGGGGAAAUUCCUCGUCGCCGGGCAAAUCUUCUGCCGCAGACGGGAGUCCCAGCGCGUCGGGCAAGCACGGAGCAAAGGGGAAAAAUGACCAAAAGAGCUCCUCCUCGCCGUCGGGUAGGUCCUCAAGUAGAACCAGCAAAAACAACCUACUCGGGUAUGAGGUGGUUGCCGAAGGAGAAGAUAGCGCGCAACGAGUACACAAACUUCCACAGGUCUCAAUGCUCAGCGUCGCAGCGGACGGGAGCGUCCGGGAAGAAAAGUCUGCAGACGCUCCUGCAAGCGGGAGCUCAACAGCGUUUCCCUUCGACGCUGCAAAAAAUCUUGCCGAAAAUGAUUCUUCAGCCGUGCCGGGCGCCCCCCCACAAUCGCCCGUGCACCUUUCCGUUUCUGCUCACGACCAUCAGCACGUGCCUGGUGCUGGUGCCUCCUCUUCCUCCGCGCUUCCAUCUGUUUACUUCAACCCACUGUCUUCAUCCACGACCCACUCGGGGGGACUAGAUAAGGUCGACGGUAGUUCUUCUUCUGCAGUUUCCACCGCUGCAAGAAAGAAAAACCAGGAUGACGUGGAUUCCGUUCCUGAUGCUGCAGAAUGGAGUGGAGGUGAAAACCAGAACAAUGGAGGUACCAGCAGCCGUUCAGUACUUGUAAUCGACGGCGCGAACUCUAACUCACUGAUGAAGAAGGUGUACCACGGCCGAGGGAGUGCUGGAGGUGGCAGCAGCAGCGCCAGCAGUUCGGCAGCGGAAAACGCGUCUACCACUGAUACGGACGUGCCAUCAUCCUCCGCAUCCAGUGCGAGCGGCUCAAGUUCAAUGACGCUACCUUUGCCAUCGAGAAGAACGCCAACAGAGGCGAGUCACGCGACGGAACCGGAUAAUCGUAAAAGUUCUGCUGUCAAGUCUGGGCAUGAUAGAAAAGGAGCUGCUCAUGCUGAUGGUUCAGACGACAAGGGCGCAAAACUGACAGUGGCAAAUUCGCACGCAGCCGUCGGAGAAGAAAUGGAGCAACGACAAAAUUUUGGCUACGCCGCGGGGCAAGAAACAGAGUCAACGACCCAGGUGCUCAAUUCCAUUUUGGAGGCAAGAAAAGCGGACCAACCUUCGCGGUGGAUUGGGUCGCACGCGCAGAGCCCACACUCUCCGUUAGAUUUGGCCACUGGCUCUAGUACACCGGGUGGAACAAGCGGCACUUCCUCCCGUACGGGUAAUCUGUCGCGUGGAGGCCCACGUGCGCGCAAGUCCUCUAUUUUUGCGACCGACGAUGACAAACACUUACGGUCUGAUGCGGAUGCGGCUCGCCAAGAUUUGCAAUCCCGGGGGACUACGAGAGCGUUUGCCGCAGCACAAGCUACAACUGCAGAAGUAACCGCAAACGACUCUGCCAGCUCGCCGUACAGUUCUUCGGCGAUUCCACUCAGCCGGAAUCGCCCCCGGGAAGCAGCUUUCGCGUUGAAUCGAUCGCUAAACUCACCCUUGUACUCCGCCUUCGCCAGCCAGCUCGCUCAGCUCCGGGCGGACAAGAGCAGUCCGCAACCCGAGCAGUACUCCGCGUCAGCGUCGCCGCCGCGGAAGAAGCCUGGGUUUCUGCAGAUGGGAGACAGCGGAGACCUGAUGAAGGACCUCAUGCUGCCGUCGCAUUCGCCGGGAACCAGCAACUCCGCCUCACCGACGAAGAAACGAAUUCGAGCCCUGGCAGACGUGGUGACGGAGGUUCAGGCGCGGCACAAACUGGCGGAAGACGACCCGAUCCACAAGCGGAAUGAGGACUUUCUCGGUCAGUUCUUCUUGAAAAAAUAAUUGUAGAAGAUACAGGUAUGUGAUAUUCCGCCCAGAAUUUAUCAAGGAAGGAGCUUCAGGAAAAAUCAUCGCUUGUUUCGGGAUCUGGGAAGCCGCCCAUCAACAUGAAUUAUCGAAAGCUUCAUAGCGAUAGAAAUAAUCAAUCCAAGAUACAACUAAGGCGAUUUUUCGCAGCGAUGAGGCGAUCAAGUAUUUCAAACCCCUCCAAACCUUCUUAUUCUUAAGAGAAGAUGAUGCAGUGUGCAGCUUUUUCGCAAAGAUCGAACAAAUGUAUGUAAAACAGUGUACGAGUUUACGUUGUCGUGUUUCUGUUUGUGAUAUUUGGAUCAAUGCUAUUGUUGUUGCUUCUCCUUCUCAGACUCUCCUCAUUCAGGUUGAAAUCACAAAGG